AGUCACUAACAUAACGGAAAUAGAUGGCGUUUCCAUUUUUCUCAUAGAAAGAUGGAAGUGUUUCUUUAUAAUUCUACAGUUUGUAGAUUAUGUGGCGAAGAAAAUGAUAAUGGAAAUUUAUUAUAUUCCUGUGAAGAAAAUAAACAAAACUUAAGUGAAAUUAUAAACUCAUAUUUACCAAUUAAGGUGGAAGACGAUGGUGAACUGCCUCGAACUAUUUGCCCUGGUUGCACUAUACAAUUAGAAGCCACAGUUGAAUUUCUCAAUUUAAUAAUUAAUGGACAGAAAAUAAUUAGAGAAUUGUACCAAAGAGAGAGGGAAUAUAAAAAAACCAUAUUAAAUAGUUCAGACACAUCUGAUCCUUCGGAAAAAGUAUUCUAUAAUCUAAACAUUGAUAAUGGUCUAUACCAAGUGGAGCACCCUGUGUCCCUGCAAGUGGCAGGGCUUGACAGGCCCAAGAGGAAGCGCGGGAGGCCACCAAAGAAGCCCAAAUCACCAGAAGAACUUGCCAAGGAGAUCUCAACAGCAAAACUACAAAUACCAGAAAACAAAUCUAUCAUUGAAAAGAAAGAUGAUGAGGACAUCUCAGGGAAAAGGAGAAGAAAAACUCCCACUAGAUUCAAAGAAGCUGUGCAGGGUAAAGAACUCGAAAGAAUAUUCAUAGAAGUUGGAGUAAUAGAUGGUGAAGAGAGUGACCAUGAAAUAAAGAUUGAGUUGGAGCCAGACAAGCCAGUCAGCAAGGAGCCAGAGGUGAUAGGCCACAUUGAGAAGUCUGGGGAGCUUGUUGUAGUUGUGAAGAAUAAAGGACGUGGAAGGCCCAAGGGCCGUUCGAAUCAGACCCGCGAAGAAUGCGACAUCUGCGGCAUGGAGUUCAUGUCGCGCGGGCGAUACAUGUCGCACGUGGCGGCGCACGGGCCGGUGCUGUAUCGCUGCGGCUGCGACGAGCUCUUCCCCACGCGCCUGCUCUUUAACGAGCACCAGGCCACCACGCGCCACACGGGCCGCACCAUCGAGUCGCGCCCCGACCACCAAGCGAGCGUAAGUGACGGAGCGACCAUAUGUGGCGCGGGCCCGCGCUGUAUCGCUGCGGCUGCGACGAGCUCUUCCCCACGCGCCUGCUCUUUAACGAGCACCAGGCCACCACGCGCCACACGGGCCGCACCAUCGAGUCGCGCCCCGACCACCAAGCGAGCGUAAGUGCGGAGCGACCAUAUGUGGCGCGGGCCCGCGCUGUAUCGCUGCGGCUGCGACGAGCUCUUCCCCACGCGCCUGCUCUUUAACGAGCACCAGGCCACCACGCGCCACACGGGCCGCACCAUCGAGUCGCGCUCCGACCACCAAGCGAGCUCUAAAGACCCCGAAUUGACCCCAAAAUUAGAGAAAGAAACUGAGAAUGAUGAUGGUGAAAAGGUGACUACUGAUCAAACGCAAGUGACGUCGACCCCAGCGCUGCAAGCGCUGCCCGACCUGAGCGACGCAGAAGAUGCUGGAGAGGAAUUGUUAUCUAUCAAGGACCCGCUGGACAUCGCCGGGAACAAAAAUAAAAAAGUAGAGGAAGACACAGAAAUCACUAUGAAGGACUUAGUGACCGUCACCAAGAAGAAAAUCAAGUGCAACAAUUGCGACAAGGUGUUCAGCAACAGACAGAGCAAGUCUUUACAUAAUAAGGCAGUUCAUCUCGGCGAGAGGAACUACAAAUGUAACGAAUGCGAUGCGACGUUCGCGUACCCGCGCUCGCUGGCCGUGCACCGCGUGUCGCACCGCCGAGCGCGGCCCAGCCGAGGGUUCGCCUGCGACCUGUGCGGGAAGGUGCUGAACCACCCGUCGUCGGUGGUGUACCACAAGCAGGCGGAGCACGCGGCGCAGCGCUACGUGUGCGGCACGUGCGGCAAGCACUUCCGCCACAAGCAGCUGCUGCAGCGGCACCAGCUCGUGCACUCGCAGCUGCGGCCCUUCCUGUGCAAGGUAUGCAACGCAACGUUCAAGACGAAGGCGAACCUGCUGAACCACCAGCUGCUGCACACCGGCGUGAAGAAGUUCACGUGCGAGAUCUGCAAGCAGAAGUUCGCGCACAAGACCAGCCUCACGCUGCACAUGCGCCUGCACACCGGCUUAAAGCCGUUCUCGUGCAGCAUGUGCGGCAAGACGUUCAGCCAGAAGGGCAACCUGUCGGAGCACGAGCGCAUCCACACGGGGGAGAAGCCGUACCAGUGCGCGCUGUGUCCGCGCCGCUUCACCACGUCGUCGCAGCACCGCCUGCACGCGCGCCGCCACGCCGCCGACCGCGCGCACUACUGCGCCAAGUGCGGCAAACGGUUCGCGUCUCGCAACUCGUGGGCGCUGCACGUGCGGCGCGACGACUGCGUGCGACAGACGCGACUGCUGGACGCUAACAAGCAGACACACAAGCAAGUGAGCCUCCUCGUGAGCGACAAGAACAACACGCAGCAGAUCCAGCAGUCGCUGCAGAUCCAGUCGCUGCACAAGCUGGACCCGGACGAGGACAGCGAGGAGCGCGUCAUAUACGUCGCGUACGACGCGGACGACUCGCAGACCGGCGCCUUCCAUAUACUGGACCCCGAACAGGCGGUGAACAUCGAAGAGAGCCGCGUGCUGAGCAGCUGCCAGCUGUUCUCCGGCUCGUCGCUGCUGAUGCCGCGCCAGCUGGAGAACCUGAAGCUGGAGGCGGAGGAGAUGGAGAUCCAGGAGUUGCAUAUGGAGGAAGAGGAGGAGCCUGUCAGCGUUAACGAGAGCAUACCGGUGACGGACGAGGAAGGCAACCCGCUGCACUUCACGAUGCAAGACGGCACCAAACUUGCCAUCACGUCCAUCGAUGGCAAGUCGUUGCAGGUCGUCACUCAAGACGGUCAGACCAUACCGGUAGAAAUCAACGGAUACAACGAAGAAGAAGUCCACAUAGCGGGUGUGUCGUCGCCAGACAUAGACAAAUCUGCGGACGACGACUCUUCGGCCGUCACGCACUACUUCACCAUCGUGUAAACAUCACCUUAGCAGUAGGUAGCAUCAUUCGAGGUGACAGCUCAUUCGAGGUGACAGAUCAUUCGAGGUGACAGCUCAUUCGAGGUGACAGCUCAUUCGAGGUGACAGCUCAUUCGAGGUGACAGCACAAUCGAGGUGACAGCUCAUUCGAGGUAACAGAUCAUUCGAGGUGACAGCUCAUUCGAGGUGACAAAUCAUUCGAGGUGACAGCUCAUUCGAGGUGACAGCUCAUUCGAGGUUACAGAUCAUUCGAGGUGACAGAUCAUUCGAGGUCACAGCUCAUUCGAGGUGACAGCUCAUUCGAGGUGACAGAUCAUUCGAGGUGACAGCUCAUUCGAUGUUACAGCUCAUUUGAGAUGACAGCUCAUUCGAGGUGACAAAUCAUUCGAGGUGAGAGCUCAUUCGAGGUGACAGCACAAUCAAGGUGACAGCUCAUUCGAGGUGACAGCUCUGAACUGUCAUCAUUCCUAUUGUUGUGUUCGGAUCUAAAGGUUGUCGGUGAACUCGAAAAGUGGUAAUAGAAUUUUCAAAAUUGGUUCAGUAGAUCCAGAGAUUCCCCCUAUAAUACCACAAACUUUACAAUAUAUAUAUAUAUAUAUAUUUAUUCUUUACAAGUUAGCCCUUGGCUACAAUCUCACCUGACGGUAAGUGAUGAUGCCAUCUUAGACGGUAAGUCUAAGAUGGAAGCGAGCUAACUUGUUAGGAGGAGGGUGAAAAUCCACACCCCUUUCGGUUUCUACAUGGCAUCGUACCGAAACGCUAAAUCGCUUGGCGGUAUGUCUUUGCCGGUAGGGUGGUUACUUAAUUUAGUCAUUAGUAAGAUGACUUUCCACUUACUAUCAGGUAAGUGUUGUUCGGUCCAUCUGUCUUCUAUUUCCCAUACAAACGUUUAAGAGUCAAGCGGUAGGGGUAGGGUAGGGGUAGGGGUAGGGUAGGGGUAGAGGCAUAGAAGGGUACAGUAGGGAUAGAGAAUUAGUGCGCUUAUGUCAAAACGAAGCUUGACCGGAUCCGCUAGUGUAAAAUAAAAUCAUAAUAUUACCUAUAUAUACAACAAAAUAUAAAUUAUUAUCAAGUAUCAAUGCAGUUGCAGUCUUAGGUGAAUGACAUAACACAGGGUUGCCAUAACAUCGACAAUAUGUGACUCAUUUAUUUUGUUACUCUUUUAUGUCGCAUUAUCUAUUUAUCUUGAUAAAUAUUUUGUCAAUACAUAUUAUAAACGUUACAGGUUAGUCAGUGCUUUGACACAUAUGUGAAGUGCACUUCAUUUACAAGUUACGUUUUGAAAACAAUUGUGAAUAAUCAGCUUUUAUCUCAUAAUAUAGAAUUAUAUUUUAUAUGCAAUAACAUAUUUUUAAUAAUAUUUAUAUGUUAACAUUUUAAAUUUAAGUGUAUAAAAUAAAAAUAUGUAAUGAUAAUAAUGCGAUAAUAAUAUACAGUUUAAAUAUAAUAUACAAUUUUUAAAGGCAAAAAUUUGGUUUGAAUUUUAACACAGCUAAGUUUUCUAAUGUUUUAAACUGACUUAUUUGUUUUUGUAAUUGUGUACUGAAUAUUUAGGUAACUAAUUAUAAUUGCUGUAUAUUUGUAAUUAUUAUUAUUAUUAAGAGUCACAGGAGAAAUACGUGAAAAUUGUAAUCUAUACUUUUUUCUAAGAUAAAGCCGAGAUGGAUGUUAGGUUAGGUUGUUUAUUUCUUCAAUGUUAAGUUUAAUGUUCAUUGUUUUAAGAUAUUCACAUAAAUGUAAUCAUUGUUUAUAAAUAGGGCAGAAUUUAGAACAUCAAUCAUUAUUAUAGCUAUAGUCUGGCAAGUUCGUUGAUGACACUCCCAUGAUAUGCGGGCGACGGGGGACAGACUGCGCGGGUGUGAAAUCGUGCGUGCGGGGAAGUGAGGUGCAUCAGUCGUGGGUUUUCAUUCAACGCUACACGCCCCCCGGCCCGCGCGUACCAUCGGGAGUGUUACGAACGAAGUUGCCAAGCUAUAGUAGUAUUUACGAUUCAUUGGCGGAAAAGGGGGUUUUUGGUCACGGUAAAAGGCAUAUUGAUGACUUUUUUUUAAAUAAAAAAAAAUAAUUAAAAUGCUUUCUAGCUAUAUUAAGUUGAUCUCGAACACUUGAAUAGUUUUAAAGUAUUAAGCUUGCCCUAUACGGUUGUUUGUAUAUUUUUCAAAUAAUUUCAAAAGGGAAGGUUUUUUUCGAUUUUAGUGCUGUUGGUUGUAUUGUAUUGAUAGUGAUUGUUAUUUAUUUUCAUGAGAAUUGAGUUUUUAGUUGAAUAUAUGUUUAAGAUGAAUUUGAUGUAACUAAAUAUUAUUAAUAUUAAAAGAAUAAAAAUAUGAUUGACAAA